AUGCAGCAAUUUGGUGCAAGAGAAGGCGCGCACGCGCCGGGCCCGACAUGGCUGCGCCGCACUACUGGCCGCGCGCCCGCUGCCGGCCGCCCGGGCGCCGCCGCCGCCGCGGGGCGGGGGCGCUCAGGCCGCCGCUCGACUGCUCCUCUUUCCUUAGUAUCCCGGCACAAACAGCGCGCGCGCACGGGACACAGGCGCUGCGCGCUCCGGGCUAUGGCGGUCCACGUACUUUGGUUGGUGGCUGCUUUAGUGACUCUAGCAGGAGUAAAUACGCAACAGGAUAGCUACGAAAGAGGAGAUGUAGAAGAGAAUAACAUUUACGAAAACCAAUGGCCAUCACCGACAAAUUGGGCUCCCCAGAGAGAAUAUCAACCUCCUCCUCCUCCCCCUCCUCCCGUGUAUAAUGUAAAUACGUAUGGCUUAUCGAGGCGGCCAGAUUUAACAACAGGUCCGUCAUCAUCACCACCACAACGUCAAGCUCAAAACUAUGGACAAAAUUUUGCUAUCUACGAUCCUGUAACACGCCAACGUACAACUGCUUUCGAUCGAAACUGCACCGCACCUGGUUGCUGUAUACCUAAAUGUUUUGCUCAAAAGGGUAGCAGGGGUUUUCCUGGUAUGCCUGGUAAACCAGGCAUGAGAGGUUUGCCUGGGCAUGAAGGUGCAGAAGGUCCACAAGGACCCAAAGGUCAAAAAGGGCAGGUAGGACCUCAAGGUCCACGUGGACCAAAGGGAGAUAGAGGAAAACCGGGUGCACAAGGAUUUACUGGUCUAUCUGGUCCUCCGGGACCUCAAGGUGAACAAGGUAUGCCAGGAAUACCAGGACGAGAUGGGUGUAAUGGAACAGAUGGUGAACCUGGUCUAAUAGGACCCAAAGGCUCUCAAGGGCCUCGAGGUUUUCCUGGUUCUAAAGGUGAUAAAGGUGACAAAGGAGAAGCAGCACAUAUGGGACGGUAUCCAAAAGGACAAAAAGGUGAACCUGGAGCAGAUGGCAUGCAGGGCCCCCCAGGUCCAGUAGGUUUAACUGGACCUUCAGGCCUAUCAGGUCCAAGAGGAAAAACGGGACCUAUGGGUUUGCCUGGAUCAAAAGGUGAUAAGGGAUCCAAAGGUUCAAAAGGACAAUCAAUUCAAGGAGAUAAAGGAGAUAGAGGCGAUAGAGGUGAUAGAGGACCAAGUUGUCCGCCAGUAACAUUACCAUCCUUAGAUAAUAAGGGAGCCAUAAAAGGAGUUCAAGGAGACAUGGGUCCUAAAGGGCAGAAGGGAGAAGCGGGAAGAAUGGGAGAAAAGGGGGAUACUGGACCUAUGGGUGAACAAGGAUUAUCUGGCCAAAUGGGUAUUAAAGGAGAAAAAGGCAUACGAGGCAAUCCUGGAGAAAGGGGUCGAGAUGGAAUGUAUGGCGCUCCUGGCCCAAGAGGUUCUAAAGGUGAUAGAGGUAACGAUGGUUUAUCCGGUUUACAUGGUAGACCAGGCGCUAAAGGUGAACCUGGCAAAGAUGGUUUAGCUGGCCCAAGAGGAUUAAAAGGAGUUCCUGGACCCCCUGGUGGACGUACAGGAUCACGUGGACCUCCUGGACCACCAGGACCAAGAGGUUACACUGGACCAGUUGGUCCACCUGGUUCUGAUGGAAGGCCUGGAGAUAUGGGACAGCCAGGUCCUAUGGGUCUUCGAGGAGGUCCCGGAGAGCCGGGUAAUCCUGGUAUUGAAGGUUUACCUGGCCAAAAGGGAGAAAAAGGAGAAGCUGGUCUUAACGGUCUACAAGGAGAUAUAGGUCCAAGAGGUUAUGAUGGGCCACCUGGACCCACAGGUCCAAGAGGACCAAAAGGCGAAGAUGGUCUUUCAAUUCCCGGUCAAAUGGGUAGUAAUGGUCAACCUGGAUACCCUGGUGAUAAAGGCCAAAAAGGAGAAAAAGGAUAUCCUGGUUUACGAGGUGUACCUGGAAAUUCUACUUUAGGCACGCCUGGAAGCCCAGGAGAAAUGGGUUCUCCUGGGGAAAAAGGUGAAAAAGGCAGCCCUGGGUUUAAUGGACUUCCUGGUAUUCCUGGCGAAAAAGGAGAUAUAGGAGGUCGUUGUAAUGAGUGUUGGCCGGGAGGACCAGGUCAAAAAGGUGAUAGAGGUUCGGAUGGUUUAACAGGAGAACGUGGUGAGAGAGGCUCUCCCGGUGCAGUGGGCCUACCAGGUGAACGAGGAUCUGACGGCAUUAAUGGAUCACCUGGAUCAGCUGGUGCACCAGGAGAAAGAGGAGAUGAAGGACCCAUGGGAUCACCUGGAGAAAGGGGUGCAGAUGCAAUUAUACCUUCAAAUUUAAUUAAAGGACCUAAAGGUGAUAAAGGUGCUCCGGGUGAAAAAGGAGCUAUGGGUAUUAAAGGAGAAAGAGGUCUUGAUGGACCACCAGGAGAUCGUGGACUCAGUGGAAUGCCUGGUCAGAAAGGAGAUCAAGGUAGGAUGGGACCUCCUGGUAUUGAUGGCAUACCAGGUACUGAUGGUUCACCAGGGCUACCAGGAUUGAAAGGAGAAUCUAUAAAAGGUGAAAAGGGCACAUCGGGUGACCAGGGAUUUAAAGGUGAUAAAGGUUUUUCCGGACUGUCAGGACCAAAAGGUGAACCAGGUCAAUGCCCUCAAGAUCUUAAAGUUUUAACAAAAGGUGAAAAGGGUUCGCCAGGAUUUCCUGGUCUUCCAGGACCUCAAGGUAUGCCUGGUGAAAAGGGCGAUCGAGGACCGUUUGGCAUAACAGGACCAAAGGGAGAAAAAGGAUUAUCUGGACGUGCAGGGCCAGUUGGUCCACGAGGUCUUCCUGGUCUCAAAGGAGAUAAAGGUGAUAUUGGUUCAAUGGGUUUCCCUGGAACGACCGGCGAAACUGGGCCAAGAGGUUUUCCUGGAAUUCCUGGUUACAAAGGAGAUAAAGGAGAAAUUGGACCAUCGAUGCCAGGACCACAAGGAAUGCCGGGGUUAAAAGGAGAUAAGGGAGACCAAGGACCUGUAGGUAUGCCUGGAAAUCCCGGUAAUGAUGGGCCUCCAGGUCCCGUAGGCUUACCAGGUGAAAAGGGAGAAUUAGGUUUUGUAGGGAGGCCAGGAUUUCCAGGAGCACCGGGUCAAAAAGGAGAACCUGGGCCUAUAGGACCAACAGGAGUACAAGGAACCCCAGGAAUACCUGGACGAGAUGGACAAAAGGGUCAGCAAGGUUAUCCAGGGCUGCCAGGUAAACCAGGUGUUAUUGGCCUGCCGGGCCAAAAGGGUGAGCCUGGAAUGCAAGGACCUGAUGGCCCUAAAGGUUUCCCAGGACCACGUGGACAUCCAGGAUUACGAGGCUUAACAGGUCUUGAUGGUAGCCCUGGUGAAAAAGGUGACAAAGGUGAAUUAGGUUAUCCAGGGAUGCCGGGAGAGCCCGGUUUUGAUGGCCCUGCAGGACCACCAGGAAUUGCGGGUAUUAAAGGUGAUCAAGGUUUCCCGGGACAACCUGGUCAGCCUGGAAUAAUGGGUAGUAAGGGAGCAAAGGGUAUCAUGGGCUUACCAGGUCCUAGAGGUCCUAAAGGAGAACCUGGGCUUGCAUCUGAAAAAGGUGAUAAAGGAAUGUCUGGUAUUCCUGGUUUAAAUGGAAAAGAUGGCAUUCCAGGACCGAUGGGUGAAAAAGGAGAUAAAGGUGAUAUUGGUUUACCUGGCUUUGGCCGUCCAGGAUUACCUGGUGAGAAAGGUGAUAUGGGACUUCCUGGUUUCCAAGGUAUUACAGGUGAAAUGGGUGAAAAGGGCGAUCGUGGUUUACCAGGUCUCUCGGGUAUGAAGGGUGAUAGAGGUUUAAAUGGAGACGUUGGUUUACCGGGACUUCCUGGUAUGGAUGGUGCUCCAGGAUUGCAAGGUGAGAGAGGAUUACCUGGAUUCGAUGGGGCAAAAGGUGACAAAGGUGACCGAGGUUUUCCUGGACGUGACGGAUUUGAUGGAAUUAAAGGAGAACGUGGUCCAGCAGGUCUGGAAGGUAUAAAAGGAGAUAGAGGAUUUGAUGGAUCUAAGGGAGACAGAGGCUUACCAGGUCCUUCUAUUAAUAUAAAGGGAGAUAAAGGUGAAAUUGGACCACCAGGAAUUUCCGGACUUAAAGGUCAAAAAGGAGAAAGAGGUAGAGAUGGUUUCCAAGGCUUAAUUGGAGAAAAAGGUGACCGUGGUUUUACAGGCGAAAAGGGAGAGAUAGGAAGAAUUGGAAUAACUGGCGAAAAAGGUGAUAGAGGUCCAGCAGGUCCGGGAGGUAUACCUGGUCUUACAAUAGUAGGAGAAAAAGGUUUACCUGGAUUACCAGGAAAGCAUGGUAGACCAGGUUUACCAGGUGCUCCUGGAGAAAAAGGAAUACAAGGUUUUCCUGGUCUUCCAGGACAAAUAGGGACUUCUGGAAUACCUGGACCACCUGGCCCAAGAGGCGAGAAAGGAGACCAAGGACGUGAAGGUAUAGCGGGCCCACCUGGUUUUGAUGGAGUUCCCGGAUUGCCUGGACCUCAAGGGAUACCUGGAGAAAGAGGUCUGAAAGGAGAUAAAGGGGCGACUGGUUUUGGUGCGCCAGGAUUGAAAGGUCAACAAGGAUUGCCAGGAAUACCUGGGUUACCUGGAGAAAAAGGUGAUAAAGGAGAACGUGGCCAAGAUGGAGCAAUUGGAGAACAAGGUGAAAGAGGUUAUACUGGUGAUAAAGGUGACAGAGGAUUCCCAGGUAGGAUAGGUCAAACAGGAAUGACAGGUGAAAAGGGUGAUAAAGGAGAAGCUGCAGCAAUAGUUUACGGUGCAAAGGGAGAACCAGGACCUCGAGGUCCUCCGGGUAUGGAUGGACUUCCAGGUCUUAAAGGUGAUAUGGGAGCCAGGGGCUUAGAUGGUAGUCCAGGUUUGAAAGGAGAUAGAGGUUUUCCUGGACCUAGAGGUCCACCAGGCCCUCAAGGUCUUCAAGGCUUGCAAGGCUUACAAGGAGAUCGCGGUGAAACAGGACGAGCAGGAUUACAAGGCGUGCCGGGAUCGCCUGGAGCCCCCUGUGUAAACACUGAUUAUUUAACAGGAAUUCUUUUAGUUCGCCACAGUCAAACAGAAAUUAUACCACAGUGUGAACCAGGUCAUGUAAAACUCUGGGAUGGCUAUUCAUUGCUAUAUAUUGAUGGAAAUGAAAAAGCACACAACCAAGAUCUAGGUUAUGCUGGGUCAUGCGUUCGAAAAUUCAGUACUAUGCCCUUCCUAUUUUGUGAUCUUAAUGACGUUUGUAAUUAUGCUAGUAGGAACGAUCGAAGUUAUUGGCUAUCUACAAACCAACCGAUACCUAUGAUGCCAGUCGAAAAUAAUGAAAUAGCUCGAUAUAUUUCAAGAUGCGUGGUUUGUGAAGUACCAGCAAACGUUAUAGCCGUCCAUAGCCAAACUCUAGACAUACCAAACUGCCCAGCAGGCUGGAAUUCCUUAUGGAUUGGAUACAGUUUUGUUAUGCACACUGGUGCCGGUGGUCAAGGUGGUGGACAAGCUUUGGCCAGCCCUGGUUCAUGUCUAGAAGAUUUCCGCGCAACACCAUUUAUUGAAUGUAACGGCGAGGGUGGUACAUGUCAUCAUUUUGUUAACAAACUUAGUUUUUGGCUUACGACAAUUGAUGACAAUAAACAAUUCUCUAUGCCAGAACGAGAAACUCUUAAAUCGGGACGACUAUUGCAAAGAGUAUCCCGAUGUGCAGUUUGCAUUAAAAAUACUACA